CAAAAUAAAGAAUGGAUUUACAACAUUCUAAAUCUUAUGCAGCAUUGAGUUAAUAGAAUAGCUAGCUAUUUAAACCCAAACCACUUUCAUUUAGAUAAUAGAUGGGUAAAUAAUUAGAUCAUUAAUCCAGUAUAGUUAUCUACUGAGACUCCAAGAUUAUAGAUAUAGGCACUUACUACACCAACAAUAAUAGAAGGUGAUUCUAAGUAAAAUAUCUUAUUUAAUAAAGUCCUUAUGUAAAUUAGCAACCUUAUUCAUUUAAAUCCUACAGAAUCUCCACUGAAAUAAUAAAUGGAUCUCCUAUAGACUAAAUAUAAUUGAUAUUGAGGGAAAACGAGAAUUUAAAACGAUCAUUAAACUAAAAAUAGUAGAUUAUAGAAUCAUUAAGUCGAACUCGUAAAAUUAAACCAAGAUUAGAUUUUAGUGACUUAAAAAAGAACUCUAGAUCUCUUGUUUAACCAUAAAGUUAGCAAGAAUCUAUGAAACCAAAGAAUAUUGAAACAAAAUAGUCAAUCUCUUAAAAUUAUAAUAAACGCAUUAAAUUGCCAAAAAUUGAGGAUUCUGUACAAAUAAAAGAAGAUGAGUGUAAUUUCACAUUUGCCAAUAAUUUUUUCAACAAUAAUACUUGCAAAAAUUAAAAGAUCAACUUCAAAUAAGUAUUUACAUAGUCUCAUUUGAAGAAAAAAUUUUUCACUUGA